ACUGUGGAAAAAUAUGGGAGACGACAGGCCGUUUGUGUGCAGUGCCCCCGGCUGUGGACAGAGAUUUACCAAUGAAGAUCAUCUGGCUGUUCAUAAACUCAAGCAUGAGAUGACAUUGAAAUUCGGUCCUUCCAGAACAGAUUCCGUCAUCAUAGCAGAUCAAACUCCAACACCAACGCGUUUUCUGAAGAAUUGUGAGGAAGUGGGUCUCUUCAACGAGUUGGCGAGCUCAUUUGAACAUGAAUUCAAGAAAGCCUCAGAAGACGAUGAGAAAAAGUGUUCUGGUCCUCUAGAUAUGUCUCUUCCCUCUACCCCGGAUGUCAAAAUCAAAGAGGAAGAGCCUGUCGAAGUGGAUUCUUCUCCUCCAGACAGCCCAGUAGGGAGUCCACAGUCACCACAGCCUAAGGAAAAGGAGAGCACUUCAAAACCUAUUAUCAUUUCUACGCCUACACCAACUAUUGUACGUCCUGGAUCUCUGCCACUGCACUUGGGAUAUGACCCCCUACAUCCAACCCUUCCUUCUCCAACCUCGGUCAUCACCCAGGCUCCACCUUCCAACAGACAGCUCGGGUCUCCUACCAGUUCUGUACCACUUGUCAUGCACCUUGUGAAUGGACAGACUAUGCCGGUCCUUCCUGGCCCACCCGUUCAGAUGCCUUCUGUCAUAUCGCUGGCAAGGCCGAUGCCUAUGGUGCCAAACAUUCCUGGUAUUCCUGGUCCCCCGGUUAUCAGCAGUGGCUCAAUUUCACCAUCAGGACUUCCAGGACACUCUGAAGCUAAAAUGAGGCUAAAAGCCAGCCUGACGCAAGGAAUUACUUCCUCACUGAAUGGCAGCAGCAUGAUGGUGGGAUCAGCGAGCACAAUGGUGACUUCCCAUCCUGAACAGGGUCAGAUAAUUAUCCAGCACCCUGAUGCACCUUCUCCGGCCCAGCCACAGGUUUCCCCAGCUCAACCCACACCAAGUACAGGUGGCCGACGGAGACGCACAGCAGAUGAAGAUCCAGACGAACGUAGGCAGCGUUUUUUGGAGCGGAACCGUGCUGCUGCUUCGCGCUGCCGCCAAAAACGCAAGCUCUGGGUGUCGUCCUUGGAAAAGAAAGCGGAAGAGCUCACCUCACAGAACAUCCAUCUAAGUAACGAAGUUACAUUAUUAAGGAAUGAAGUUGCGCAACUCAAACAACUAUUGUUGGCUCACAAGGAUUGCCCUGUCACUGCAUUACAGAAGAAAACACAAGGUUAUCUUGAAAGCCCCAAAGAGAGUUCUGAGCCCACCGGUUCUCCAGCUCCUGUCAUCCAGCACAGUUCGGUGACUGCAUCUCCCAAUGGGCUGAACAUCCGCUCUGCAGCUGAAGCCGUUGCCACUUCAGUCCUCACUCAUAUGGCCAACCAAAGGACAGAACUGAACGUGCCCAUGCAAUCACAUGUCAUUAUGGCGCCGCAGUCCCAGUCUGCCGGCAGAUGAUGUCGCCAGUUGCAUGGCAUAGAACUAACAAUGAACUGCAGCCAGAGAGACUGAUCAUAACUAAGCCCCUUGUUCAAAAUGGGGUGGAUACAGUUUUUGUUUUGUUCAUUUGUUUUAUUCUUUUGAUUUCUUAAAAAUGAGUGAAGGGCAGCUAUGGAGCUUCUAACAAAGUAUAUCUCACAUAGGUCCUGGCCUCAAACAUCUAUCAUCUUUCCAAAGGGUGGCUUUGGAAUAAGUCAUUUUGCCACACUUUAGAGACCAUUUCUCAUCCUAUCUAGAAUCAACCGUUUGGACAGCCUUAUACAGUGUGAUCUUAAAUGGUUAAAGUUCAGGUAUACAUUGCGCUAACACUAAACCUCCCUUAGUUUGGUUACUCGUGGUGCUUCCUUGUCUUGGCUACUGUAGCAAGAGAAAGCAGUUCUUGGGAGGUGCUGUGAUGUUUUGCUGGUGCUGGCCAUUUUUGUGGAAAACUUUAGCAUCCCGACCGUUUUUGUAGCAUAUCCAUCCAAAUGGUACCUGACCUUCCAUUCUACACUUUCAUACAGGACUCCAGCUCGCGGCUCUGAAGGUGGUAAGCUCCAAUAAUUUGGUUGGUUUGAACUGUUCAAAUUGUUUUGUGAAGAGAGUAAGAAACCCGCACUCUUAGCUGCUGCAACUGAUGGGUGUUUUUGCUGUUCUGGGAGAGAAAAUGGUAGGCCUGCUGUAUGCAUUGUAGAUCACAUAAAUUGUACUAUGCAUAUUA